AUGGUUCAUAGCAAUCGAAGACGUAAGAACUUCAAGAAUAAGAGAAGAGAUGGUCAAGGAGAGCAAAAAGAGGAUAAUCGCGAUAAAAAUGGAUAUCGAGAUGUGAUAAAGGAGAAUGAGAAAUAUUGGACGUAUUAUAAAGAGCAAGGAGUGUUCCCAGCGGAGCAGUUUGAUGAAUUCAAGGCGGCACUUCAAAGGGAUUUACCGGUUUCGUUUAGAUUUCAAGGAUGUCAUAAGUGAGUUUUUUCGGGGAAUUUUUUGAUUUUUGGCGAGGCGCAAAAAAUUUAAUUUUAUCAAAUUUUAAAUCCACUUGAGAAUUUUUAGCCUGUAAUUUUGAUUUCAGAUUGAUUUUUAGAAAGUUUGGAAUAAUUCUGGAACAAUACCGCAUUCAGAAUCUGAAAUUGUAGACGAAAAAAAAGCUUUUUCAGCGCUAAUAGAUAUUUUUAGACAAUUUCUUGGGAAAAAUUCUAAAAGAUUACUUUGAGUUUGAAAUCUGCUCCUAAAGUCUAUUUUAAUGAAAUUUAACCGGUAACUUUUGGAACCUGGUGCUCACUGGAAAAAAAGGAAAAGGAGAUUUUUCAUGUUUUUUUUUUGAACAGUUUUUCAAAGAUCCUGUUUUCGGUUUUUGCUGCGCAACUCUGUGAGGAGCACAAAAAUGAGCCGAAAAUUGAGAAUUUUUGAAAAUUCCUUGUUUUUUGAAAGCCCAUAACUCAUGUUAGAGAAGAUUUUAUCAAAAACAGAAUACAGGGCGAUGUUCAGCAGGGUCGAUUUACAAAACUCAAAAGUUUUGUCAAAAUUUUCCAAACACAUGCAAAUUUGCCUCAAAAAAUCACUAAAUUCACGGGAUUUCUCCCCAAAAUUUUGAAUUUUCAGUGUAAACAAAUGAAAAUUCGGAAAAAAUCGUGAAUUUCAGAAAUUCCCAUUUUUCUGCUAAUUUUUUGUGCUCUUCGGAGAGUCGCGCAGCAAAAACUGUGCAAAAAGAUGUUUGCCUGGAAUUUCAGAUUGAUUUUCAGAAAGUUUUUGAAAACAAAUCUGAAAUCCACUAGUUCUAGAAUUACCCUAAAAAUUCAAAAUUCAAAAUUAAUUAGCAAAUGAUUUUCGAGCUAAAAAAUCCUACAAAGUCCUAAAAUCCUCGCUUCCAGAGAUCGUGAACAAUUGAUCCACGAAAUGGAAUCGCGAUUCUUCGGCGCAAUUCAAGAAUCCAGCGAUGUCGCAGUCUGCGUCCCAAAAUCUCUCCCCUGGUACAAAGAAGCCUAUCAAACGCCAAUGUCUCGUUCAGCUGUUCGAAGUCAUCCAAUUCUCGCGCAACUCCAUAAUUUCCUGGUCACCGAAGCUGAACUCGGCAACUUGUCUCGUCAAGAGGCGGUCAGUAUGAUUCCACCGUUGUUGUUGGCGCCGAAAAGUGAUCAUCGAGUUUUGGAUUUGUGCGCUGCGCCGGGAAGUAAGACUACUCAACUGCUUGAGAUGCUCCAUGAAGAAGAUCCGAAUCCAAGUAUGGUUUUUGAUCCAGAAGAGAACCUUUUUUCGGAACUUGCUGAAAAUGGAUAUUUUGUUCUGAAACCCAAAAACUUACCCAAAAAAAUUCGAGGUCUAGAAUUGACCUGUGAGCCAAGUUACAGAGCUCCAAAGUUCGGAAAAUCUACAGAUUUGGAGCCAAAGCUGUUCGAACUUUGGAGCCCCGUAACUUGGCUCACAGGUCAAUUCCAGACCUAGAAUUUUUUUUGGUCAAGUUUCAUAUGGUUGUUGAAAAAAUUGUCAAUUUUUCAGCAGGUUGUGAGGAAAGUUACUUUGUCAGAUUAAAUAUGAUAUAAAAUAUCUGAAAAUUUCAGCUGGAAUGGUUGUUGCAAACGACGUUGAUAUGAAACGCUGUUAUAUGCUCAUCCAUCACACUUUAAAACGUUUCCGAAGUGCGGCUUGUGUUGUGACUUGCGAAGAUGCUGCAAGAUUCCCAAAAAUUGUUGACCAAAAUGAAUCGAAAGUUCAAUUCGAUCGAGUUCUAGCUGACGUGAUUUGCAGUGGCGAUGGAACACUUCGAAAAAAUCCAGAGAUUUGGAAGAAAUGGACACCGCAAGAUGGUUUGGGUUUGCAUCGAAUUCAAAUUGCGAUUGCGAGAAAAGGCGCGCAACAAUUGAAAGUUGGAGGGCAAAUGGUGUAUUCGACGUGUUCGAUGAAUCCGAUUGAAGAUGAAGCGGUUGUUGCGCAAUUGUUGAGAGAAAGUAAAGGAGCGUUGAGAUUGGUGGACACGUCGAAUAUGUUGCCUGGAUUAAAACGGGAAAAUGGAGUUUCGAAGUGGAAGGUGAGGGGGUUUUUGUGGAAUUUUGCGGGCCCAGAAAAUCUGAGAACAACAAAAUUUCAUGGAUUUUCCAAAACCUUCAAUUUACAGCGUUAAAUUCUAAUUUUUAAACACCAAAAAAAAAUACGUUUCAAAAUUUUGAUAUAAUUUAUUGUCGAAUAUUUUUGUCAAUUUGUUGUUCCAUAAAUAAACAUUUCAAUUUUCGUAUAAACAUUCUGAAAUUAUCAAUUUUUGGAUCAAAAUUCAUGAAAAUUCUUAGUAUUCCCAAUGUUUUUGUGAUAUAGAAAAUUGGAGUUAGAAAGAAUUUCAUCUCAAAAACAUCAAUUUUUAGUUCAAAAUCUCAAUAUCAGCAAUUUUUGAUACAAAAAUUUGAAUUUUUCAAACCCAAAAAAAUACGUAUCAAUAUUUUGAUAUAAUUUAUUAUCGAAUAUUUCUGUCAAUAUGUUUUUCAAAAUAAGACAAUUGAAAAUAUCUCAAAAUUUGGAUAAAAAUUCUGAAAUUGUCAAUUUUUGGAUCAAAACAGACCUCGGCUAAUCCGUGGCUGGUCAGACUACAAUUUUGAAAAAAAUCUGAAUUUCAUCUAGAUUUUCACCGAUUUUUAUUUGACUCAAAAAUUCUAAUUUUUCAAACCCAAAAAAAUACGUUUCAAAAUUUUGAUAUAAUUCAUUAUCGAAUAUUGUUGUCAAUGUUUUUGGCAGUUCGAAACAAAUCAAAACCAAAAUUUCAAAUUGAAAUUCAGAAAUUAUCGAUUUUAGCCUAAUGAUUUUCUAAUUUUCUAACAAAAAACCAACUCCAAAAAUUUGUCCACGCAAAAAAAAACAAUUUACAGGUCUACGAUCGCGAUAUGAAGUUGUUCAAUAGCGUUGAAGAAGUCACUGAAGAACGUUUGAAAAAGGUUAUCAUUCAAUCCCUCUUCCCACCAACUGAAGAAGAAGCGAAGGAUAUGAAUUUGCAUUACGCGUAAGCUUUUUUCUUCAAAACACAUCAAAAUUAAAACCAAAACCACUUCAGAAUGAGAAUUACUCCUCACCUUCAAGACACUGGUGGAUUUUUCGUUGCUCUUAUUGAAAAAGUCACCGAUUCGGAUUUGGAAGCCAACGCGGCGAAGUGAGUUCGAAUUUCUUAAAUUAAAAAAAAUCCCUUUUUCUAGUGGUCCCGCGUGGAAAAAGAAGAAAUUGUUCAAAGAUGAGCCAUUCACAUUUUUGCGAAAAGACGAUGAGAGAUGGUUUGAUAUUCGAGGAUUCUAUGGAAUCGACGAUUCGUUCAAAUAUGAGAAUUUGUUCAGUCGACGAAUUGAGACAAAUGAUGCUGACAGUCGACAAUUGUUCUUUGCAAAUGAUACGGUCAAAGAUUUUGUGGUAGGUUUUUUUUGGAACAGAAAUUUUUUUUGAUAUAAUUUAUUACACACCCGCUCAAGCAACACAAAAAUCAGCAAAACGCUGUAAAAACGGUGCAGCCUGUAGCUCAAAACCUAGAUAAGCUUCAUGAAAAACUAAAGAUAGCAUGAAAAUCAGCGCAUCGAGUUCUGCCUGACUUGCUACUUUUCUUAUUUUUUGAGGUCCUGCGAAGAAAGUUAGCAAUCGCGACAAGACCCAACGCAUGAAAUGUAUCAUGUUCCUUUAAUACUGUAGUGCGAAAUAUAACGGCGAACAGAGAGAAUUAGACAAAAGUGUUUUCACAGUUUUUUUCAUUCGCAUAUUUUUCGUUUCACAGUAGAAAACACUCAUUGCGUGGCUUGAACGGGUGUGAUUAUCGAAUAUUUUUUUCAAUUCUAUCGGUAUCAAUAUAAUUGAAUAAAUCAAAACUAAAAUUUAAAAAAAUGCUCAAAAUUUGGAUAACCAUUCUGAAAUUAUCAAUUUUCGGAUCAAAAUUCAUGAAAAUUUUUUGUAUUCCCAAUGAAUUUGUGAUAUAGAAAAUUGGAGUUAAAAAUUGAAUUUGAGCUUCCUAACCAAAAAUUUUAAAGCUUAAAAUUGCUCAUUUUCGGCAAAUAUUGAGAAAAUUGAGCUUCGGAAACUGAAAAAUUCGUGCAAAAGCAAAUUUUGACCCAAAAAUUCCAAUUUUUCAAAAACAGGAAAAAAUACGUUUCAAAGUUUUGAUAUAUUUUUUGGUCAAAUAUUGUUUUCAAUUUAAUCGAUAUCAAUUAAUCAAAACCAACAGUUCUGAAAUGCUGAAAUUAUCGAUUUUUGGAUCGAAACUUAACCUAAGACUCUAUUUUCCAGCUCUCAAACAUGACAAAAGUGUCGAUUCAAAACGCCGGAAUGAAAAUGUUCAGUCGAACAGAGGGAAAAGUUGAAAGUACACGAUUCCGUCUCUCACAAGAGGGAAUUCGUUAUCUCUUCAAAUUUAUGAAUAAACAAAAAGUGCUGAUCUCCAAAGAGGAUAUGCUGAAAAUGCUGAAAAGCGAGGUGAAUUUGGUGCAAUUGGAGAGUUUGGAUUGUAAAGGAGAUGUGAGAAAACAACAAAAUGGAACUGUUGUUGUUUAUUGUGAGGAGGAUGAGCCGGUUUGCACUUGGGUGAGUGAUUUUUUCACAGUUUUUCACGUUGAGCGACUCUGAAGAGCACAAACAUGAGCCAAAAGUUGAGAAUUUUUGCAAAUUUGUGGUUUUGAGAGCCCGUUACUCAUGUUAGAGAUGAUUUUAUCUGAAAAAUCUGAAUAAAAAGGAGCUUCGAUUUUCCAAAUUCACAAAUUUUCAAAUGAGCCUAUUUUCUGAGCCACGGAAUUUUUUUUUUCUGAAAAAAUAUGGAUUUUCAAUCAAAACUACAAGAAUUUGUUCAAGAAAAUCAUAUUUUUUCUCGAAAAAAAUUUGUGGCUCAGAAAAUUAUAGAAAAUUUAAAAAAAAACAUUUCAGUUUGGUAGAUUUAUCCUCCUGAACAUUACCCUGUAUUAAGUUUUUGAUUAAAUCUUCUCUAACAUGAGUUAUUGGCUCUAAAAACCACGAAUUUUCGAAAUAAUCUCAACUUUUGGCUCAUUUUUGUGCUCUUCAGAGAGUCGCGCAGCAAAAACUGAAAACAUGAAGUUCCUGGAACUCAUAAUACAGAAAAGAACCCCGUCAGAAAAAAUUUAUUUAAAUCUCCUGGAACUCGCAGAAAUAACCAUGUUCUUAAAUGAAAGUUUAUAUCACUUGAAUAAACUAGUUUUGACUAUAAAAAGUGAAAAAAUGCUCCGUGAGCUCAAAAAACAACAUGGGGACCAGGUUUACAUCUUACAAGUCCCCGUGCAUUUUUCGAAUUUUUGGGCUCACGGAGCAUUUUUGUGUGUUUUGAAAGUCGAAACUACUUGAACUUUUCACUACUGAUUCUGAUUUCACCCAAAGAAAUUAGAGUUUUGUCUGGAAAAAUCAAAUUUUCACAAAAAUCUAGAUUUCAUUGAUUUUCAGCAGAUUAUAUUUCAAAAAAAAAUUUUGAUUUUCAGCAAAAAUCUUGGAAAUUUUAAUCAAAAUCAAUUUAAAACUUUGAUUUUUGAUUUUUAACGUGAAAUCACAGAAGCUGAAACCCAUUUCUCUUUCAGAAUAAAAAAAAUUCAACAAUUUAUUUUCCAAACCUGAACUACUUGAACUUUUCAUCCAAAGAAAUUAGAGUUUUGUCUGGAAAAAUCAAAUUUUUCCUUUUAGAAUAUGAUUAACCUCAAAACUCUCGAAUUCUUCAAUUUCAGGUUGGAUACCAUACAAUCGCCCCAUAUAUCAGCAAAGAAGAAAGAUUGCACUUGUUGCGAAUGUCUGGAGUUGAUUGUGCUGAAAUUGAGCAACUUAUGAAAAGUAAACGAAAGGAAAAGGCGGCACAGGACCGCGAAAGUUUUGCGGCGAAAGAAGAAGCUUCUCCUGAAGAUGUCAAAGAAGAGUUAUCAGAAGUUCAAAAUUGA